AUGGCGAGCGCCCUCACCUCCGGGAAGGUCGUCGCGGGGACCCAACUGCAGGGAACGCAGCUCGGGCGCGUGUGCGGCCCCGCCCGGCUGCCCAGGGCGCAGCCCCGGGGGCUGGGUAAUGGCCUGAAGGUCCGCGCCGCCGAGGAGGAGACCGCCGUGGCGCCCAGCGGCGAGCGCAAGGGCCCCGCCAAGGACGCCGUCUUCUGCACCGACUCCACCGCCCUCACCUACCUGGACGGCACCCUACCCGGCGACUACGGCUUCGACCCCUUCGGCCUGUGCGACCCGCGCAACAACGUGGGCUUCAUCAACCCCUCGUGGCUGCGAUACGCGGAAAUCAUCCACGGGCGCUUCGCCAUGCUGGGCGCCGCGGGCUGCAUAGCGCCCGAGAUCCUGGCCUACGUGGGGGUCAUACCCCAGGAGACGGGCGUCGUGUUCUUCCGCAACGGCGUGAUACCGCCGGCGGGGAUCUACGACGGCUACUGGGCGGACCCCUACACGCUGUUCUUCAUCGAGGCGAUCGCCAUGAACUUCGCGGAGCUGAGGCGGCUGCAGGACUACCGCAAGCCGGGGUCGAUGGGCAAGCAGUACUUCAUCGGGCUGGAGAGGAUCUUCGAGGGGUCUGGGGACCCGGCCUACCCAGGUGGUCCUUUCUUCAACAUGUUCAACCUCGGCAAGACUGAGGAGUCCCUCAGGGACCUCAAGACCAAGGAAUUGAACAAUGGCAGGUUGGCCAUGAUGGCCAUGUUCGGCUUUGGCGCCCAAGCGGUGAUGACUGGCAACGGCCCAUUCCAGUGCUGGUUGGACCACAUCAGCGACCCCUUCGGCAACAACAUCCUCACCAAUUGGGGCAACGUCUUGGGGUGA